AGACCAGUGAACUUGUUGUUAAAAAACGAUACGACUUAGUGUAACAAAAUAACGGAUUAAAACCUAUACAUUCGGUAAUCUGGUAAGAAUAUUAAACAAUGAAUCGGCUUGUUAUAUUGUCUGUAAUACUCAUUGCGAGUAUCGUCAACUGCGAAGACGCGGAGACCAAAGAUAUGGUGGAAGGCAGGGGAAAGGCUAAAUACGCGCUAUUAAUGCAUUUCUUCUACGUGGUGGCGACAAAACUAUUCGUCUUGAAGAUUGUUUACGGGAUUAUUUUCUACGUUAUACUGACGAAGGCUUGGCAUUUCGUUAUCUGGCUUAUUCAUUACUUGAAAGAGAAGAAACAUGAUCACUACGUAGAGUUCGACCAUGGGGAACAUUAUUACGAGCAUCAUCAUGAUUAUUACGACCAUCAACCUUACGGAAAACCGAGUUACGGCAAAAGCGACAACUAUAGGUAUAAACAGCCGGCUAUUUACGACGCAGACGGAUCGUAUUCGGUCAAAAAACCAUAAAGCCAUAAAGUUUCAAAUGUUAAUUAAGAUGGAAAUUCUUUUUUCUUUUCUUUUUAUUUAUUUCUGUCUUUAUUCCUUUGUUUCUUUCUUUCCCACCUUCGAUUA